GCGUCGUGCCUGCUGUGCACAGCUAACCGGUGCUUCGAAAACGCGGGCGGCCUGCCUAGGCCUAGGGCUCGAUUUUGAAUCCGACUCCAGAUCGAGGUCGCUCUCGUGGUAUUUCCACGCCCAAUCGCGUCGAUCGAUCGGCCCGUCACCCACCAUCUCCCCUCCCUCCGUCGAUCCCCUGCUUCAAUCGCCCUCGCCUCCACCGCGUGCGCAUCUCCUCUCCAGCAACCCAAGUUGUUCGUCCGUCGGGCUAGCGCGAUGGCCGCCCGCAAGCGGCCUGCCGCCGUCCUCGAUGCCGGCCACUUCACAACGACGACGAAGACUCAACAUCAAAGAUCGCCGCCGUGCUGCAAGAGGAGCCGCACCGAGAUCAGGAGCGCCGCGGAGUACGAGGAGGAGACCUGCCUCGGAGAGGGCGGCUUCGGCUGCGUCCUCCUGGCGCGCCACCGCGACACCUGCAAGAUCGUCGCCAUCAAGUACCUCAACUGGCCGGACGGGUCCCAGCAGCCCCCCGCCGCCGCCGAGCUUCUGCGGGAGGGCCGAUUCCUCGAGGCCUGCGACGGGAACCCGUACGUCGUCGGCUUCGAGGGCCUGGUGCGCGACCCGGCCAAUGGCGCCUUCGGCCUCGUCAUGGAGUACAUCGGCGCACCGAGCCUCCACAAGUUCCUGCGGAACAGGCGCGGUGGCCCGCCGCUCCCGGAGUCCACGGUGCGCGCCAUUAUGUGGAAGCUCCUCACCGGUGCCAGCAAGAUGCACGACCGCCACGUCGUCCACCGCGACAUCAAGCCCGGCAACAUCCUCGUUGGCCAAGACUGCGAACUCGUCAAAAUCUGCGACUUUGGGCUGGCGAUCUCCAUGUCCGAGCUGCCGCCGUACGCCCAGGCCGGCACGCCGUUCUACGUGGCGCCCGAGAUGCUCCUGGGGAAGAGGGACUACGACGCGCUCGUGGACACGUGGUCUCUGGGGUGCGUCAUGGCCGAGAUGCUCACCGGCAAGACGCUGUUCCUCGGCGACGAUGACGAUGACGAUGACGAUGACGACGCGACAGCCAGUGAGAUCAUCCAGCUCUGGAGCAUCUUCCGCUUGCUCGGGACGCCGGACGAGAGGACGUGGCCGGGGUUUACGUCCCUGCCGUUCACCGUCAAGGCGCUACGACUGCUACUGCCGGGGCACAAGCACAGCCGGCUGCGGGAUUUGUUCCCUGAAGAGAAGCUGUCCGAGGAAGGAUUCCAGGUGUUGCAAGGGCUCCUCACGUGCAACCCCGACAAGCGACUGACGGCAGCCACCGCGCUGAAGCGCCCAUGGUUCGCUGCUCCUCGUUCAGCUGCAAAGGUCGACAAUUUGUCGUUUCCGAAAAAGAAGGCGCCAAGGAUCAAGUUCAUCCCGCCGGCCAUGCCAGAGAAGAAUCUCCUCAAAAUUCCACUUGCCGUGUGGAACGCAGCUCAACGAGUCUAAUUAAACUAUCCAGAUGUAACUGUGCUUGGAUGAGCCAUCAAGUAGAACUUGAUCGCCCAUUACUGUUGUGUUGGCCUGCUUUUC